AUGUCUGAAGAGAUCGGCAACCACGAUAACGCAGAUAAAGUUCAACGGCCAGCUUCAUGUCAGAAAAAGCAAUCAUCAUUUACCAUAGAAAGACGGGAAUCUUCAUUUUCGGUUGCGAGCAGCCAGGCUGAAAAUGGACAUUAUUAUCUCGUCUUCCUCAUGGUUGUUAAGUGGUUUGCGGCGGUACUUCUUUUCUUGUUAAUGUUGUGCUGCGUUGUUGCAAGUAAAAUUUGUUUGUUGGUCUUAGGACAACACUUCAAAAAUUUAAACCCAACCGAAAGAAGUAGUAACAACGGUACUUCUACAGAGAUAAAAAAGCAAGCAUUAUUUCUUAUGCUUAUUCUGGCUCUGAUGAUUCCCGAAGGCGUAUCUUUCAUUUACGCUUCAUGGACAAGUUUGAGGAGAAGAAGUCGCCCAUGGCCAACAAAAAAAGGCUUCAUAACGGUAAGUCUAGUGACGAAAAGUCUGGCUAAAACUUACGAAUUCCUUAAAGUUCUCAUCGCUAUUACUUUAAUUGAACACAACUUUCCCAAUUUUUGCCUUUUGUGUCAAGUCAGAAAGUAAUGCAAAACUACUCUGCAUAGUUUGGGCGACAUGUCAGUCUAUAUAGUAUCAGAGGGUAAUGGCUAAAAACACGGAGAGCAGAAUUUGUUCUUUGAAUCUAUGAAUUAUAAGAAUUACUUACAAAUGAAUGUAAAUGAAUUGCAGUGAUAAUACAGCCACGUUAUCAAAGCUAAAAAUCUGAAUCAGUCAAUAAAUAACUUCUGAUCAAGAAUUUGAGGGAUGGCAAAGGAUUGACAAACAAGUUCUGUAUUACAAAAAGAAAAAUUCUUUAAAACUGAAAACUUGUUAAAAGAUAAUUGUUUAAAGAUAAAUUUUGAUAACACUUUAAGCGACAUUUAUAUAUGCAAUCCAGAUAGUAUGCGAUCAGAAUUUGAAUUUGAAGUUUAAACAUGCUUAGACCAGGGUUCUUUGAAAACUGCAGGUGUCGAACUACUAGAGACAUAUAUAGCAUCGUUGUUCAAAAAAAAAAGUAAAAAAAAUAGGAAAGAAAAGCUGUGUUAUGAGCUUUUAGGACGCUACGCCAACUCAGCGUAGAUCAAUUUGUUUUCUAAUAAGUCGUAUUUUCCUUUUGCAUUCAAUUUGGUAUCCGCAAGCAUAAUCACAAUGCUAUAUCACGCAUCACUGAAUGCGCUUCCGCAAGAACGUCAGAAUCAAAACCCCAAUGUUAAUAACUAGCCGGUCUGUCCACAUCAUCCUCCGCUGCCAAAAUGGCCGAGAAUUACAAAUGCAUAAAGUAGAUAGAGCUCUGCAGUCCCAUUAGUGACCAGAUGAGGCUAAUUUAGCACCAUGACUCUUUUAAAACGAGUUCACGUUUUUUCAAACGUCUUCUCUGGAUUUAUCCCGGUCGCUUAGAAUUCAAAUGAAGUAGGAAUUUUCUGGCGCUGAAUUUUGAACAUCGUACCCAAGUUUAGAAAGAGAAAAAGAGAAAAAUUGUUGUGUUGUGUUAAACCUCAGAGUACUGUUUUUCUUCGACAUGCUCGUUGCCAUUGCUGUCUCGGUUUCUAGGGUAAACAAAACGAGGAUUAAUUGCCGUCUCAGUUUUUUUAUUUGCUUCUUUUGGUUGUUUUAUUUGCUGCUUUGGAGAUAGUUUUGAGCAACAAGACGAAAAGCUAACGCAGUCGAGUGUUUUCAAAACUUGACCAGCUGUAUAUCAUCCAUUGUCCUUUUUAAUUGCAGAUAUUCAUUGGUGGCUUUCUGGAAAUUGUUUCUCUUUGUUAUAUCGUCUUUGUCAUGCUGACAGUCACACCAAUCAGCUCAGACGCCAUUAUUCUUCUCCCGUGCAGCCUAGCGCUGUGUUCAGCUGUGUGGCAGGUUAUUAAAUCAAGAUCACAGUGGAGUACAACGAAGGGAAGGUUGAAAACCUUUAAGUUUGGAAUUGGUGCGUUUUUUGCUGCUGCUGGUGCUUCAUUAUUGUUCUUCAUGUAUGAGGUAAGCAAGAUUUCAAGUAUACUAUCGUUUCCCGAUUAUAGUCUGAGUUUGUUACUCAAGGCGCACUUUCAGAACUUAGAGAGGUCGACAUACCUCACCAAUCUCUCACAUAUCGAACAGAUGCAAUAUCAGCUAUUUUCGCUUUCUUCUUUUUCUUCUUCUUCUUCUGCUGCUACAGUGUGACUUCUAUUCAGAAGAGAACGGCAACUAAAUUAACGGCAAUGAAUUCAUGAUAACCGUCACGAAUAUAGAAACAAUUCAUGCCCACUUAAAACUCUAGUACUCUACAGUAGUUACGUAUUAGUAUAUCCUGUAGAUUGGCGUAUGCUGUAGUUUGGUGUAUAGUUACUGUAGAUUGCUGUUGUUCGUGUUAUUUUAUAGCUGCUGUAGUUUGGUGUAACUCGUAUAGUUAGUAUAAUUCGUGUAGUUGCUUUAGUUCCUAUAGUUUGGGAUAGUUCAUUUAGUUGCUGUAGUUGCUUCUUCUUCUUCUUCUUCUUCUUCUUCUUCUUCUUCUUCUUCUUCUUCUGCUACAGUUCGACUUCUAUUCAGAAGAAAACGGCAACCAAAUUAACCACGCGUCUAGCAUUAUGUAAAAUGUUGUUUUUGAAAAAGAGUAGGGGUAUUGAACCGUCAAAUAUUAUGAUAUUAUACCAAUGCUUAAAAAUACUGGAAAAUAUCAUUUGCAACAAGAAUUACACUUGGAAGAUUAUAAAACCAUGUAUCAAAUCUUUAUUCUUUCAGUUACCUUUUGCGUGCGUUGUGUUUUUUUCCUUGUCCAUCGCUUGGUCUCCUGAACUGCGGGAACUACAAAUCAGCAAGGGACAGAAUUCCGCGAACGAAAGCCAUGACGAGAAUUCAAGAAUGCGGCAAUGCAACAAUGCCCGUGGGAAAGCUGCCAUUGUCAUCUCCUUAUGGAAACUUUUCCUAACGCCUUUAGUUGCUGUCAUGUUCGCCAAAAUUUAUAAAACUGUAGAGCUCGACCGAUUUUCAGCAGGAUUUAAAGCGAUCGAUACAUCAAAUCCGUCUCUUUUGUAUUUUGCCUUUCAUAUCUUUGCCAGUUUCUUUGGUUACCAUUUUGGUUGGCUCGCCUGUUCGCUCUGUAUGCAGAAGAUUGGAUACGCUCUUCCCUUGUCGCUAGCCACGCCCAUCACCCUUUUAAUAACAAACGUUAAAGUGUUCUGUGAGACGAACGCUGUUCCUUUACCAUGCACAACAGAAAACCUAGCUAACGUUAAAACAAUCGCUGCUGCGUUCCUCCUUUGUUUGGCACAGUUCAUGACCACUACGUACUACUUGUGGAAAAGUCAUGGAUUGAUCAUAGCCAGCGCAUACGACCUGUUUUGGAUCCCAUCCUACAAUGGUAUGUUCUAUUGGUAAAGGAAGCUUUCCGUGCUGUUCAUGCCUCCCGUUUGGCAUAGUUAGGAAACUUAAAGUGGUUAUAUAUGUCACGAGAAUAUACAGUUUUAAGUCAUCGUUUAAUGUAUUUUUCCAAGCCGGCAAAAAAGCGUUGUGACAAAUUUAAGAUACCACAAAAAUUUCAUCAUGAAGUAGUAUUGUCACCAGAAUGUUUAAAAAAAAAAAAAAAAGGAACUGCAUGCAAUAAGUGAUAUUCUAAAAAUUAUGCGUUGGGACCUCGCCUCGGAAGGAACCCCCUGUUUGUCGAUUCUUGUAAGCGACCACCUUCCGUGAGCGACCAACGAAUCUUCGCACUUCGAGUGGUCGCUUCCAAGGAGUUUCGAACUUUACUUCUCUUUGUAAAUAGUCAUUGCUUGGUUUAUGAAUAGGUGUCUGCCUUGAACAGUUUCUGCUGUUGAAUAGACGAAGCAAAGCAUCUGAUGAUGGGCAAAAUACACAACAGAAUCCCACUGGUGACGACCGACAGUAUAUAUUCAUAUGCACGACGAUGUACCGCGAAGAAGACUAUGAAAUGGAACAGCUCCUUGGAUCGAUUCAUGAUGUUGACAAUAACGCUGCGAAAACUAAACGUCAUUAUGAGUCACACAUUUUGUUUGAUGGAGGUGUCAGAGGACAGGUUAUCGCUGAUUAUGCGUUACAGUUGGCUUCAUUGGUGGAAGAUACAUUAAAAGUACAACUAAGUGACUGCUGCAAAAUAAUGACCCCCUAUGGCAUGCAGCUUAAAUGGAGACUGCCAGGUGGAAUGGAGUUCACGAUUCACUUAAAAGACAAUGCUAAAGUAAGUAAAGCCUGCGAUGCAGCAGCAAUUUACCAAUAUUGAUUCCUUAAGAUCACCGUGCUUCAAUCAUCCAACACCGAGUUUAUGUUUAAGAUAUAAGCUCACUAAAAGUAAUAACACAUGACUUUUGUUAUUUUAAAUGAUCAGGCAGAAAUACUUAAGAAACUAGCUUUCUGAGGUACGCCGCUAGUUAAAACACGAAAUGAAACAUUAAAAGCAACAAUAAUCCCUUAACAAAUUUUGGAAAUAUAAAAUGAAAAGCAUAAAAUAUUUGAAUGAUUUACAGCCUUGGAUGUUGCUGAAAACAUCUAGAGAUUUCAACAGGAGGGGCAAAGAGUCCCAAGAAUCCUUAAUGCUACUAAAAUCAAAUUUCACUGGCCACAUUUACAGUUCUCAGUGAGAAGUCAUAUUGCAAUGAAACCUUUGGAAGUUAUACCGCAGACAUUGGUAAUUCUGAUCGUGAUAGUCGGCAAGAGAAAUUAGCUUGAAGAAAAAAGAUAAAAUUUGUGAUUUUUUUUUUUCACCAAACACAUUCUCAAUCCAGAACAACUGAGCCUUCACCACAACAGGCAUAACAACCCAUUCGACCCUACAUACGCAAUAUUAGUAACUGUGAUAAUCGACUUUUACAGGUGAGGAAUAAGAAACGUUGGAGCCAAGUGAUGUAUAUGUCAUAUGUGUUGGAUUACCAACAGAAUCGUCUUAGUGGUGAGAGCAAAUUCUGCCCCCUUGAUCUCAUGCGGCAGAAAUUCUGUAAGACCCCUUGAUGCGGGGGGUCAUGCUGCAGAAAUUCUGCUACCCUCUUGAUAUCACGCUGCAGAAAUUCUGCAAGAACCCUUGAUGUCGUGCUGCAGAAAUUCUACAAGACCCCUUGACUUCGUACUGCAGAAACUCUGCAAGACCCCUUGAACUCAUGCUGCAGAAAUUCUGCAAGACCUUUGAUCGCAUGCCUUAGAAAUUCUGCUGCCCCCUUGAUCGCAUGCCUUAGAAAUUCUGCUGCCCCUGAUCUCAUUCUCCUUGAUCUCAUGCUGUAUAAAUUCUGUUCUCUCUUGAUCUGAUGCUGAUGCCGCAGAAUUUCUCUUUCAUUGGUAACCAGGGGUCGCAUAAUAUCUGUUGCAAAGGUUAUCAAAGGCUGCAGAGUUUCUAUGGCACGGGUUACCGUAGACUGCAGUCCUUCCUCAUCACUUAUUAUCAAGGUCUGCAGAAUUUCUGCAUUGGGUAAUCACAUUGUGUAGAAAUUACGUAUCAUAGGCCGCGGGGCUCAUAUGAAGAGGCCCUGACCCCGCCGGUUAAGACGGACAGAAAUCUUUGGGGGCAAAGAAUGCGUUUGACCGUGAUUUAAUCAUAGCGUACGUGAGAGAUUUUUAAAAGGGCAAUUUUAAUUACAUUUCAGUGAAAUGCGACCAAUCCUUUAUCCUUACAACCGACGCAGACGUUAAGUUUACCCAUGAAUCUGUCGAGGCGUUAAUAGACCAGAUUAUUGAAGAUCCUGGGGUUGGAGCAGUUUGUGCUCGAACACAUCCCAUGGGGAACGGGCCUAUAGUCUGGUACCAGAUCUUCGACUACGCCAUUGGUCAUUGGUUUCAAAAGGUCUGUAUAUCCUUUACACUGUCGGUAGAUGUCACAAAAGUAAUCUGUUUCUCAUUGCAAAAAAUUGUCGACUCGCAUCAAGCAAUGGCUGACGACGGCGACGCCAACAGAAACGUCAAAAAGGAAAUAUAGCUUCGAUAAGCAAAAAACCACGAUCGCACGUUUUUGGACAUUUCUUUGCCGUCAAUUAAGGCUACGACGUAAAAUUGCCCAAUCUCUCGUUUUAGAAAGAGACCGGGCGACGUAAUUUUCUUUCUCUUUCUGAAGUUGGAUAUGAUUCCUAGUAAUUUGUCUCCCUGACAAUUCGCCCAAAUUCGACAAAGUGGACGAGUGGACUGGAUGACUGGGGCUGAAUAAGGAGAAAUUCAGUUAUAAGGUAGUCCAAAGAGUCUGAUUGAGUUGCAUUUUUUCUGGUCUUAAUGUAACGCACUGGUAGUCUCUUCCAGGUGUAAAUUCAGUACUUAUUUGAGUGUAGAGAUGCGACGUAAAGCUAAAUAGUUUAAUUAGUUCAGUUUCUCCUUUCAUUAACAAGAGUUUGCGAAUUUUUAAAGUAAGGAUUCUGAAAUCGAAGUUCAGCUUUAAAAAGUGAUACGGAUCUCUAAUUGGCUUACACGUAUCAAUGCAUGGAGUGGUUAUUUAUAAACCGUGAUGAUAUAUUCGCCGAAAGUUAUGAACGCCUCUCUCUUGUUAUACGCCUCCUAUCCUGAUUAAGCGCCACCGCCUGAGCUCCUAAUAUAAAAUAUCGCCCCGGGCAAUUGGAACCAGUAUAACAUUUACGGUAAUAAUUCGCGCACACUUUUAAAGAGAAGUGUGGAUGAUGUAUUGCAUUGCAGGUAGCAAAUCACAUGUUUGGUUCCGUGCUGUGUAGCCCUGGUUGUUUUAGCCUGUACCGUUGCCAAGCUGUUAGGGAUGUGUUACCGACAUACGCUACAAAAGUAAACCAUGCUUUUGAAUUUCUCACCAAAGAUAUGGGUAGGUUAACAAGGUAUAUUUGUUCUAUAGCUGAAUUACAUAUUAUCUAUCUCAGUAAAAUUUCCCAAAAAGUGUUCUCUAGAGUCGAGGACGCAGACUAUAAUAAAUGAAUGUUCUUAAUGGCCAUUUAUCGUUUCUUGAACUUGGAAGUUGAUACUAGUUAAAAAGCGAAAAAAUGUCAUUAAACAGGACUGGUCAAACAGGAAGAGUUUUACCUCAAGUUUCACAACAUUUGUAUGAUUUUAAACACCAGUGUAGCCGGGCCGUUAUUAUAAAACUUAACGGAAUUAAAGGGCCCAUAAGUAUUUGAUGGCCACUUUGGCAAGCAAAUUGGUUGACAAAACUUGCCAAGUUUGACCAAUAAAUUAACCAAUACAUACAAUUAGCCAAAGGUGUAGGUGAGCAGUAUUGUGGUACCUAACUUUAAUCUUAAAUUUAAGAAGAAUUCUUUCACUUACUCAUUAACUAAGUUAUGGAACAGUUUGCCUUCUCAAGUGCGUCUUUCAAGUGAUGCUAAUGUCUUCAGAAGUAAAUUGUACGAUUGCAGCUUUUUAGAACGUGUCUUAUAGUGCACGACUGUAGCUUUUACCUGUUUUUAGAACGAGUAUUCCCGGAGUCACAUGUGGCUUUUUGGUCGGUUUUAGCUUUUUCUAUUUUAUGUUUUUAUUACCAAGUUUUUUAUAUGUAUACAUUUACAGAGUUAAAAAGGUCUAGAUAGCAGCAACAAUAUAGAUAGUCGUAUAAACAUAACAACUUUCUUUAAUUUUCCAGACAUGUUUCGACGGUACAUCCGUCAUCUUCAGUGUUACAUAUUUUGAAAUCGCCGUUGAAUUUAAAGCGCGCGCGAUCUUACAAAGUUCGUUACAUUGCGUUGUCAAUGUUGCGUACUAAAACAAAGUUAAAUGAGUGACGCUUAGUUCUUUACAGGGAGAGAGUCAGGUUAAUGAGUGUGUGUUUACUGAGUUGUUUUGAAAAAUGAAUAAUAUUAUAUAGCUGUAAUUAUUAUGGAUUUUAUUUAUACACGUUCGUAUUUUGAACGAGUUUUUUUCGCUCUUUGACGUAACGUGUUAAAAUAAAUGAUUGAUUGAUUGAUUGAUUGGUACAUGGUUAAGCCUUUUGGUUUUAUACCCUGGAUGCAUGCUUUUGAAGCCUGGUUGAUAGUUACAAUAACAGAACUUUUGAACAAUUUUAAUAGCUAUUUUUAAUCCCUAAAAAACACUGCUUACGAACACAAAAGGUACCGUAUCGUUUUUUUUAAGGGGAAGACCGCUGGAUGUGCACCCUAAUGUUACAGCGAGGCUGGCGAUUGACAUACUGCGCUGCCGCAGUUGACAGCACGUACUGCCCUGAAAGCUUCGAUGAGUUUUACAAGCAAAGGCGUAGAUGGACUCCAUCGACAUUGGCCAACCUUAUUCUACUUGUGAAGGAGUGGAAGCUGACACUGAGACGGAACGAACACAUCUCGUUCGUUUUCAUCGUCUACCAAACGUUUCUUGUUUGUUCCACUGUUAUCGGGUAAGUAAAAAUUUUCAACCACAAAUUUGGGCUUCGCUUCGCUUUAUUUUGAUUUCAAAGGCAGGAUACAGGAUGUCAAAAAAGGUCGUUAUAUGUCUACAUUGUUGCUCGCAGCCUGGUUGGUGAUAGCCUGCGCUCAGACGUAAUUUAACAUCGGUUAGUAACGUCUGCGAAGCCCGGGAGCGGGGUACUUCCUUACAAGAGGCUAAUAGGGAUGUGCUGCUGGAUGGGGUCGCAUUUUCACGACUGGAUUGACUAUAAUGAGGUCGCACUUUCAACAGAGUUACUAGAAUGGGGUCGCACAUUUCCGGAUUUUUUGAGUUAAAAAGUUUUUUUAAAUCUACGGUUAACAAACUUAGCAGAUGUUUUUAUUUUAGGUGAAAAAUGGGUCAAUUCAUUUUCGGAUGACUUUUUUAAAAGACUGAUAAGGUAGAUACAUAAAUAGAAAGUGACUAAGUUGGGAUCACGAAAAUUACAUAUUUGCCCAAAAAGACUAAGAUGGGGUCUAUAAUUGGCCACAGAAUAGACUAUAAUGGGGUAGGGGCUCGAGAGGCCAGUGGCGCAUACCCAGCAAAAAUUAACCCCAAGUACCCUACCCCCCGGUCUGUGCCCGCAACAGACUCGACGAAUUGCCAGAUGUGCGUUUCGAAUCUCCUUUCAUACUGAUUGGCAAAUCGAUAAUGGCUUUUUUAACAGGUCAAUCAUAGCUCGUUUUCAAAUCCUGGUAAACAGGUAGAGGUCCGGAACAAGGAUUUGGGCUCUGUUUCGCAGACGUACUGAACCAGAGUGUAGUUUCGUCUGUGGUGCAGGCUAGGUUGGUCAGCAAUACUGCAGUGUUUUGUCUUAUGAUGUCAGUGAUGGGAUUUAGCAUUUUUGUCAAUUUUCUUACUAUUCCAGACCUUCUACGGUGAUUUUGGUCAUAGUUGGUGGAAUGCUGUAUUCGGGCAUUGGCUUGAAUGAAAUAACCAUAGUUGUCCUUCUCUCUCUGGUGGUGUUUGGUUACGCCUUAGUGUGUCUCUUCACCUCGCCAAAUUUCCAGCUGAAGGUUUCCAAGCUACUCACUUUCGUUUUUGCUGUAAUCAUGUGUAUUGUUACUGUCGGUGUAGCUGUUCAAGUCUCAAACGAGUUACAGGAAAGGAACACCGAACCAACAGCGGCGCCAACAGCUCAAGCGAAUACAACUUCCGCUUAUGCACAGAAACCUCUGGAACAUCACCUUCCCGCCGGAGUUAGCACGUUAUACUUGGCUGGAUUAUCCGGGAUCUUUAUUGCUGCAGCCCUGUUGCAUCCUAAGGAGUUAACGUGUCUGUUGCACGGUGUUUGGUAUCUCCUUUGUUUGCCCUCUGGAUAUCUGCUUCUAACAAUUUAUUCCCUGUGCAAUCUAACGGAUAGAUCUUGGGGUAGGCUUGAAGUACAGAUCAGAAUUUAGGGCUUUCAAACUGUAAAAGAAGGGUCUUCAAUAGGUUUUUCGGAAAACGGGAUUUGCCUUAUUUGUAAGCUGGGAUUCGGGAUUCGGGAUUCGGGCCUGCUAUUAGGGGUUGGAAGUACGCAGGGGAUGCGGGAUGCCGAAUAAACAUUAGGGAGCUUAAGAAACGAAGACGGCGACGGUAACAAGAACGGCAAAAAAGCCAUUGGUUUAGAUUAUCGAAACAACAACUUUUACACCAGCAUCACGCUAUUUUGUACAAUUUGCCCUCGUUGCACGACUACGACGUGAAACCUUCCAGUUUCACGUUUUAUGGACGACGUGAACACAAGACAACCGUGACUUUCUUUUCCAUUUUCUGAAGUUAGAUACAGUCCUUUAGAAUCAACUCCAGAAGAACUCUCCAACAUUAAACAAUUGCAUAAAUGCAGGAGCAAGAGUGACAAAGUUUGAAACAGCGUGAACUCGCUUUCCAAGUGACGUUUUCGAUGCUGUUGUCGUCGUGGUCGCUUAAAGCUCCCUUUUUAGGUCGGGAUGGCGGGAUUGAAGAACUCUAUUGGGGAACCUCGUAAAAAUGAUACCGUUUAUAAUUAAGAACAAGUGACCACCCGGCAUUCUCUCUAACACUUUUGGUGCCAUUCCAGGUCUAAAUGUUUCACUAACAUGGAGAGGUUUUAAAAGCAUUCAAGGAGCUAAAUUCUUUCGUCUUCUUCGCCAUAACUAUCCCCCCUUAAACCAUUUUUUCCUGAAUAGAGCUGAUGGCAAAGAAUCGCAAACUAAUUUUUCCAGUCUGGAAAGCAAAAAACGAGAACCAUACUGAAUUAAUCACCAAAAGCCAUUUGUUAUGUCUUAAUUUAUGCUUCAUGAUUUUAAAAUGUUAGUAUGGCUGAGUUAGAAAACAGUGAGGAUGACUAAGACGUUUAAGGUAGAGAUUAACGACUUUGCUUAUCCAUUUUAUAUCAAACUGAACACAGGCGAAAUUGCAUCAGAAAAUAAAAUCUUUUGUCUUGUUCUCCGUUGUCGAUAGCCGGUUUUGAUCCAGGGUCUCAUUAAUUGACGCUGGUUUUUGCUCUUUCAGUUUGAAUCGGCUUUCCAGAUUAAACAACCGUAUCAAAAUUUGUUAACUUAAUAGGACAAAUAUAUUUAAUUGUUAGAAUCUUAUGUGUGCUUAAAGUCUUGUUUUGAACCAUAUCAUAUUCAAUACCUUAUUUUAUUUUUUCCCUAAAGGAACAAGGGAAGGAAAGUCAGCCUCAGAAGGGGGUGACUGGUAUACGUCCGUUGGGGAAAGCUUGAGGGAAAUUGUCAGUUGUUGUCAAUGCUGCGGAAACCCGGGACAGUCAAACCAGCUUCAACAACCUCCCAUGCAGCCCGUGGUGGCAAGGAGAGGGGACAUGAUAGACGUGGCUUGUCAAGUUAACAUCAAUAACAAUUCGCAAAGUGAGGUAGAAGACUAGCUAAUUAACGUUUACAAAGGAGAUCUUAAGAUACACCGUUUCUGUAGGGUAGGGAAAAACUAUCUGUAACCAGCCCUGAUUAAUACGGGUUGAUUUCCUCUUAAGCCGGAGGCUACCGGGCUUGGCUACCGGGUAGAACGGUCCUAUAUCCUAAUGUCCUAUAUCAUUAUAUCUGGGAAAUCAAGGAUUCUUGUUAUAUAACUACAGACAAGCUUGUUCGCCAACCAGGCAUAACCCACAGAGAGAAACGAUGUAAGUUGUUGGCUUCUUAUUUGCAGGAAUUAUACAAAAUGUCAAGAGGUCAGAUUUGUUUUGUUCAAAACGUAACCUCAUUUAUCACUCAGUAAUGUUCUUUACAUAUUUUCAUCGAGCCUUUUUUUGCAGUAACGAUUUGAAAAGGAAUGGUUUCUUAUUAAGAGAUUUUCAUUUAAUCAAAUACUCUAGCUGUCCGAGCAGCCAUCAGGUCAAACAUGUCAUGGAAAAGGAAUGACUUUUGGUGCGGAAGGAAAAGUUUCAAGUACAAUGAAUGACAAGGAUGGUGUAAGGUCUUCGGCUGACGUUCAAAAUCAAAAUUUAAACAGAAGAAGGUCUGGUAAGAAACCUUCAAAGAAGACUGAAGCUGAGAACAAACUUCCAGUUCUUACUAUGUACUCAGCGGCAGAAAUUCCAAAAAAGGUAAAAUCGAUGAGACCAACAGAGAGAAAAGGCGAAUCUGAAAUAACAAACAAUGUUGAAUUCCUUUCUGAUGCUUCAAAUGAAAAACAUUCGUUGACCCGAGGGAAAACAGCAGAUGGCAAGGUUGCUUUAAGAGGUGAAUCAAUUUCUGAUCCCCACGAUAGCUCUGAGAGCUCGAUGCUUGUACAAAAUAAGGUUCAAAGAGGUACCUCUGAACCCAGGCCAAGCAGUUUUUCAAGACAUCAUGGAAAAGAGAUAAAUAAAUCUGUUGAGUGUUCAUGUACUGAUUUAAUGGAACGACCAGAUUUUAAAGGAAAACAUGAGUGUCCCCCAAAAAUUUCAGAAAACACUGGUGAUAAUCAACAAGAACAAGAUUUAAAGCCUGAUUUAGAUCGCAAUGAGCCAGAUGGAUCAUGCCGUCUUCAGUUACCUGGUAAGAUGCUUCUUAGAAUCAUGUCAUUUAUAUUAUUAUAAGCCUGUGAUCAUGCCCUCCCUACAUCUCUUUUAUAUCUUUCAUGAUUUUUGCGUCUCUUCUAAAAAAAAAAACGAAAACGAAAAACCUGGAAAUUGCGGGCAACUAGAGGAGCCCGCAAUCCUGUUAUCCAGGUUACUAUUACUCUUUCUGGCACGAACGUAGCCAGCAUUCGUUUGGACUUCCACUAAAACUAAAUGAAAUACGCAAAACACCAUCUGGUUAUUUGGCGCAUUUGGACUUUCUAUCACUUGUUAUCUGUUCACGGACGUUUUUACUUUCUAUCAGUGAAAUAUACGCAGAGCACAGCAUUAGAGCAAGAGCGUUUUGACCUUCGAUAAGAAACUCUUAGUAAUAAUAAAAAAAUAAAAAAUAAAAAUAAAAACUCACCUGCACUCCUUAACCUUUGGUUAUUACAAGCUUAUACAUUUGAGUCUCCAUCCUCCGCAGAACUCUCUUAUGUGCUGCUAGGAACUGGAACGAGAAGAAAAGACAGCACUCCCCACCGUACUCCUUCGCGCUCACAGGGAGAAGGGUUUGCGCUUUCUGGAGCAAAAUUAGUCAUAAUGUGCAUGUACAGCAAUUGUAUUUUUAGCAUUGGGGAAGCUGCAGCCAAAUGAUCUCCUGUGCUUAAAAAUUAGAGCUGAAAAGUUUUUAUACCUGAAAUUUAUUUAUUAUUAAUAUUAUUUAUUUUUUCUUUCUAGUUACAUUUAAUUUCAAAGACGGAGAAUCUCGUCCCCAGUCAAGGCUCGGAGGCGAAAUGUCCUACUCGAAUCUCAACACACCAGUAGAGGUCUGGUUAAAUCAGCUGGAUUUUUCACUACAGGUAUUUGAAAUACGUCAUCUUUAAACUUUCUAGGAGCGAAUGAACUGAUACAAAAUCUGUCAGAAGGUUUCAAUUUCUUUCAGUAAAAAUCCAUCAUGCUGGCUGUGAUAAAUUGAGGCCUUGUCUCGGUUAAUUGAAGAUGAUUGCGUCAUUGGGCUGUGACGUUAAACCGUUGGACUUGUCUUCAUCAUCCUUCUUUCAUUAAUUAAAACGAAGGGGACGUAAAAGAACCGACACUACUUUUCCGAAAGAGUAUGGGAUCAAACUUUUCCCGGUGGUGCGGUCUACCUUUUACGCAUCACAUAUCAUUCAUAUCAUGGGCUAUGGGUGGGUUACAUUAAGCCCAUACUGAAUGGACUGAUAGUGGCUUCCAGUGGCGCCCUUUCUCGCAAGUUUUGUAUGCUGACGUCUAAGCUUACUGUUAAUAGCCGAGCUCUCUCGCGCGCGAAGCGCGCACAGAGGAGCACCAUAGGUAAGAAAAUUUGGUUAUCUAUGCAUCCGAGAAGUUUUGGUUCUGACAAAAUCGUCCGUACGGAGUACGUACGCACGCUCCCCCCUCAUGUAAGCCCGAUUGAAAUUUUGCAUUUCAACUACCCGGGCGUUUUGGCGGUAAAUCGCAUAGCCACCCGUAUUUUUAGAGAAAAAGCAACAACAACAAAGCCGAUUCUUUCUUUCGACGUAAUUUUAAUGACGCGUAAGUUGCAAAUGAAUCCACCUGUCAUUUGAAGCCUUUCGUCAACCCUCUGUCCAUCCUCGUGGUGUUUUUUAUCGACGAAAGGUGAGCAAAAGGUACGUUUUUGGUGCUUUAUCUAUUAUUCCAUCAUUACGUGCGCAGCUUUUAACCUCAAGCUUUCGGUCACAACACAGGCAAAGCCAUCCGUCCUGGUGGUGUUUUCAAGUCGUCCGUGCGUCCUCGUGGUCCGCUGUGGUGAUUUCAUGACAUUUCUAAACAAAUUGAACAGCGCGCGCGAAUUGGUAAGAUCUUUCGCUCGUCGGCCCCAAGGAACAGCUAUAACUACAGUAGUAUACAAUGUAAAGAGGGUGCGUCUUAUUGUCCUCUAAUCCACGACAUUAUAUUACAAAGUAAUUUAAAAAAAGACCUUUACUACAUUAUUCUCUCUGUUCUCUUAACAGACAGUAGAAACUAUUGCUCUCUUCCAAAAAAAUCAGUAGUUUCUCCUCAACGUGCGCUGCCUUAUAUUCAAGUGAAAGUCUAUUUUGUGGACACUUUCGCUAAUUUACAUUUGAUGCCUCUUCCACCAUUCUGCGUAACUAUGGUAAUCUAUUGUUUUUGCCUGAUUGCAGUCUGAUUGUGCCAAGAUAUUUCGCAACCACGGAUACGACACCGUAGGGCAUUUGUGUGGAUUAUCAGACCAGGUAAGUUGUUAACAAUAAAUUAAGAGGCUGAGCUUUGAAUGUCUGUCGGUUUCAGUUGCCUUCUGUUCAGCCUUUUCUCUUGGUGUCUAGUCAAACAAUGGUGCAUAUUGCUGCUAGAUUGUAUUGAAUAGCAUUUAAUUAUUUUUAAUUAUAUAAACAUUUUAUUGGUAGGAACUCGAGAGAAUUGGCAUUAAGACAAGGGGACAUCGCCAAUGGCUUCUGAGAGAGAUAAAGAAAAUCCCACGAGUGGAUAUGGAGGAAGGCAUCCCAGUAAGUUAUCUAAGAAAUCAAAAAUUUUGAUGGAAAGGCGCGUCAUUUUUUUCUCUGACCGUAUUGCACACUGUAAAUCGAAUGUCCCUCAAUACGGUAUUCUUUUGUUAAACAGGAAAAUGUUAAAGAUUGGUUAGGAGAGCUUGGUCUUCAAGAUUAUUGGAGCCAAUUUGAAUCAAAUGGGUACAAGGAGCCUCGUGACUUGGUAGAUUUGAAAGGGAUGGACAAAGGAAGUCUUAAGGAACUAUUUGACAUUCGGAAACGAGGUCACUUGGACAGACUGGUUCUUGGGAUUAAAAAACUACAAAAUCCUGACGAAGGUGAAUUAAUAGCGAAGCUGCACGCGUGCGCGAAGCGCGUGCGAGCAGAGCCCCAUAUCUAAGAAAAUUUGGUAAUCUAUCCAUCCGAAACAAUUUUGGUAAUCACGUGACCAUACGCCCUUUCGUCCGCACCACAGAGGAACCAAUGUGAAAUGUCAAACAUUCUAGUUAGUGUCGUAACCUGUAACCUGUGUUUAAGUUGAUAAUAGACAUCCAUAUCAUGGUCAAUUGACAGCUUUCAAAAGAGGGUAUCCGCUGACCAGAGUCACAUAACCGUAUCGCGGGCUCAUGUACUAACUCAUAUAGGUCACGUGUAUUUUUAAGUUUUCCGCGCACCCGUUGUUAGCUUUUAAUUGAUCGCAGGUUCAAGUUUAUGUUUUCAGUCAUAUGGUAGUCCCCUAAAGUUAAUUAUAGAUAUUUUUGGAUUUCUUUGCAAUCAUGGUUUCAAGUCCAUUGAAUAUCGCUUUUUAGCUCGGGCUAAAUCUAUUUAGUAUAUACUAAAACAGUGGAUAGUGUUUUUCGCGCGCUCUGAUUGGCUACUCAAUCAGUGAAUAUCCUGCACUAUUCACUGAUUCACCUCCAGUUCCUCCGAGCGAGCAACGCCAAACUCGCGUAAGUUGCGAGCAAAAUGCCUUCCCGGUUUGCUGCCGUAAACAAACAAAGAAAUUUCACAACUAAUCAAGCAAGCUGUUUCCGAAAUACACGAAGACGGUGACGAAGUUCGGAUUAGAAGUUUUAACAGGUAAAGCUUUGUCUUUUCGACACGAAUUUAUCGAUAAAACCGGUGAAAAAGUUUUUGUUUACAAAUGCAAAUUAAGUUUAAAUCUUGCCUACUUUAUUUAGUUGAGUUGUUCAUAAAUAAGCUUAAAACUGAAUUUAAUAAUCUUUUUUUAUAGAAUGAUUUUAAAUACAAAAAGAAUUCACAACUCUUUUUGAAGAAAUUUCCCCGCAAGAGCUAAACAAAUGCCUUCAAAAGUUUUAAUUGUCGGCAAGAAAAAGCGACGGCCGCAGCCGCCCGGUCAUUAGGCGCCAAAAUUGUAAUCGUUGGCAACAGUAUUUGAGUUAAAAAUCGUCAUUUUUGAGCUCAAUUAUCUCACGGUUUUAGUAUAUACUAAAACAAUUAUUCACCUCAGUGUCGGUGGCUAGUCGUGGAUAUUUACCUCACUGCUUCGCAGUUCGGUAAAUAUCCAGGACUAGCCACCUCCACUUCGGUGAAUAAUUGUUAUAUAUUAAUAGUAUAUGCACCCCUCAGCUUUGGAGAGUCCUUAUAUUAGAGCUGAGGGAGUGUGACUCCGUAAGAAGAUUUAAAAAGCCCUGAAAAUGUUCCCUUUCAGAAAGACAUAUCGAUGAGAUAAAUUUAGACAAGAGGCUCUUGAUUAAGACAAUCUAUUAAGAUUAGCCAUUGGCUUUUAAGGUUUCACUAGAUUAGACUUAUUGAUAAAUGUUUUAUUUAUUAUUUAGUUGAAUUUUAAUUUUUAGGAUCUUAACAUUUCAUAUUUGAUUGUACAUAUUUUAAAAGUUCAUUUUAAAUUAAAGUUUAAAAACGUUUGAAGUUUCAUAAAAGAAAACAGUCCGCCAUAAAGGGGAUUUGGGAGGGAAAAAUGUUUUCCAACUUUCAUGUUGCCGUGAGCAGAGAGGCCAUGUGCCUCGCUUUCAUGUCUUAAAAACACAAUAUAUAAUGUCCCGGAUGACAGGAACGCCCCCUCCCCAGUAACUGGAGAAAUGACACAUUAAUCAGUCACAUUAAGCAUAAAACCAUUUAUUUCUUUCAGAAAUAAAUUUCCUUUAUUUUACUUGAUAUGGGCUAGCUCAACUAGGCCAAAAAUCUCUCUUAACCUCAGAAGAAUCCCGAAAAAGGAAUAGAAAACAAAACAAAAAGCUUAUAAUAAGCAUAUUAUCCGAGCGUUUUUGUGACUUUUUGGAAAAGACCGAGCAUUUUAGGGAAAAAAGAAAUAAAGCAUUAAGGUGCAUGCAGCAUUUCAUACGAGUGAGAAAACAAGCGAUCCAAAACCCUGAUAAUGACAUAGGAAGCAGUGGUUAGUGUACUCAAUUUUUGCUCUAAAACGCUUCGACCUCUGCAGUCACUUCACUUAUGACGUUAUCUCUCGUAACUAUAAAUAGGGAAUAAAUGAACACCUACUAUAGGAAAACGCUUCUGGCCCGAAAUCGAUUACUAGAGAAUUUCAUUGGGGAUAGCAUCCAACCCCAUUUACAUCCGAGGGCUGAGGUUAAUUCCUCUUCUAGUCGGGACGCUUCUUUGCCUGGUAUACUUCUUAGACCAUUUUUAAAUAGUUAAAAGCGUUUGAAUGUUCAGGUGACUAUUUCUCAAAGAUUUGCCAGGUUUGACUGUAAUUUAACUUUCUUCCUUUUUAUUUUUAGGGCAAAUGAAAAUCCGUAAUACCCAGCGCAAGCUCGAUUGUCUUUCAUUAAAAUUGCUGGAUAUCCACAACUUAGAUGCUGAGUAUGAAUUCUGGGAAGGCCUCCGUCAGAAGUGUCUUUCUCCGGAACUCAGUGCUUUCGAUCAGACAUCCAAGCUGAAAGAGAAACUUAUAGAGCUACGAAAUAAGACGCUGAUGACAUUUGGUGUUAUCAAUGCCUUGUGGAUAAUAAUCAUUCUCAGUUUGGUCAGGCAUAAAGACCUAAAAGUGCUGGGUGUAGACAUUAUAGGUCUUGCUUUUCUAACUAUUUAUGGAUUGAUAUUUGUUUUACAGUUUCUAGCUCUGUUGGGACAUCGCUUUAAAACUAUAGUUCAUGUUUUAGCUCGCUUGCCCUGGAGGAAACUAAAUCGUGUUUCGCCCAUGUAA